AUGAAGAUAUUUUAUAUUGGAAUCUUGCGCAACGAGACCCGGCCAGCCGUCGAGCUGUGCCGUGAGACGGACCUCAGUAGCUUCAGCCGUUUUACCAGAGACAGCUAUGGCGAAUUUAUGACUUUGUUUUCCAAAACUGUCGCUGAACGAACACGCCCCGGCCAGCGACAAGAUGUCGAGGAGAAAUCAUACACAUUCCACGCCUACGGCCGGACCGAAGGCAUUGCUGGUAUUAUAAUUUCAGAUGCGGACUACCCGGGCCUCGUGGCACAUCAGCUCCUUUCCAAAAUUGUAGACGAGUUUCUUGCCAAACAUCCGAGAACGACAUUUGCCGCCCCCGACGUAGGCACGCUGCCAUUUCCAGAGCUGAAAGAAUAUAUCGUCAAGUACCAAGAUCCAUCUCAGGCUGAUAGUAUUAUGAAAAUUCAGAAGGAAUUGGAUGAAACGAAAAUUGUGCUACACAAGACUAUUGAGAGUGUACUAGAGAGGGGAGAGAAAAUUGAUAGUUUGGUCGCGAAGAGUGAUGGACUAAGUGCACAGAGCAAGAUGUUCUAUGGACAAGCCAAGAAACAGAAUACAUGCUGUGUGCUCAUGUGA